AUGUCUUCGUCUGCCCCGACGGCGCCGUUCAAGAACCCCAGGGCGGUGGUCAGGAAGCUGCUCUCGGAGGCCCAGUCCGAGGGGCAUGGCGCCACCGUCAGGCGGAGCAUCGGCAGGCACGAGCUCAGGAGCCUGGACCCGUUCCUCAUGCUCGACGAGUUUUCGGUAUCCAAGCCCGCUGGGUUCCCCGACCACCCCCACCGAGGAUUCGAGACCGUGACCUACAUGCUCGAUGGGGCCUUCACCCACCAGGACUUCUCCGGACGCAAGGGCACCAUCAGAACAGGAGAUGUUCAGUGGAUGACGGCCGGCCGUGGCAUCGUGCACUCGGAGAUGCCGGCGUCGGACGGCGUGCAGAAGGGCCUGCAGCUCUGGAUCAACCUCGCCUCCAAGGACAAGAUGAUCGAGCCGCGGUAUCAGGAACUGCAAAGCAAGGACAUAAGCCGCGCGGAGAAAGACGGCGUGGAGGUCCGGAUCAUCGCGGGGGAGGCCUUCGGGGUGCGGUCGCCGGUGUACACGCGGACGCCGACGCUGUACAUGGACUUCACGAUGCGGCCGGGGUCGCAGCUGCACCAGCCGGUCCCGGCGGGGUGGAACGCCUUCGUGUACGUGAUCGAGGGGGAGGGCUCGUUCGGGCGGGAGGGCGCCGCGCCGGCGGCCGCGCACCACUGCCUCGUGCUCGGCGCCGACGGGGACGGGCUGAGCGUGUGGAACGGGUCCGGCGCGCCGCUGCGGUUCGUGCUGGCGGCGGGGCGGCCGCUGAAGGAGCCGGUGGUGCAGCAGGGGCCGUUCGUGAUGAACACGCGCGCGGAGAUCCAGCAGGCCACGGAGGACUACUACUACGGCCGCAACGGCUUCGAGAAGGCCGGCCACUGGAGCUCCGCCUAA